GGGUGUAUGGAGCCUUGGUUCUCCUCACAUGCUGCUGAGCAACGCUGCAAAGGAGGAUUUCAAGGACUGGCACCUGAAAAUUAAUGACUUGCAGAGGGGCAUCCAAGUCCUAGCCAGAAAAAAGAUAGAUGGAUAUUUCUAUCGAGGUCACAUCAUCCAACACAUGGAGGGCUCUAGAGGACACAUUCUAAUUGAGUUCGAGAGAUCCAAAAAGGCUCCCAAAGUUAAAGCUGACUUUCGCAUGCAAGAAACACCACUCUAUGAUGUCGUCCAUCAUGAGGAUGGCAGGUGGCAGCCAGUGGCUGUGGGAGACAGAGUCCUGGCGCCAUGGGAGAAGAAGGGUGAACGAUACGGCCCAGGCACUGCCCUUCAGGUCACAGAGACUGACUCGUCUCAUUCAGCCUUUAAAAACAGUGAAGUGCUGGUAAAUUUCUGGAACGGUAAGACAAAGAAAGUGCCCUCAGAUAUUGCUGUGAAGAUCCCUCUUCCUCUGAGCGAACGCAUCAUCCUGGAGCUCCAGAUGCCAUUAGCAGCCAGGCAGAUGUUGGUGGAGCAAAACCCAAAUUAUCCCUACACUGUGCCACCGGGUUACCGAGCGUCAGGAGCUUGCUGGCACAGCCAUUUGGAUUGCAGUGGUUGGAGCGAUGCUUCAAAGGUCCCCCAUGUCAGCACUACCCACUUUUCUCCCCAAGUGCCCCUUUGGCAUUUCUGCCCCCCAGCUUGGGAAUGUAUUAGCUCCCCGAUAACUUUGGCUCAGCCAGAAGAUUUCUUGAUUCCAGGAAAUGACAUGACCAAGGAAGAACUGAAUAGGAAGGUAGAAGAACAGCUGGCCAGGGGGAGACUGUUCGUUUUGGAAGACAGUGAGAACAAAGAGAGCAGGAAGCCAAAGGAAAAGAAGAAUGUGGCAGACUUAAUAUCCUGUAAAGAGUCAGAGACCAAAGCUGCAAUAUCCAACAAGACUCAUCAGAAGGAGAGCGCUUCAGAAGAUCCAAGAGAAGGCACUGGCACCAGAGAUGAUGUAGCUGUCAACACAGACAAGUGCACACCUUGGCAAGAACUGGAAGUCUUUCCUCAGCCCAGCAUGAAUAAAGCUUCAGCCCAACCUUUCCACCAGAGUCGUCCAGGUACUUGGGAACUCUUUAUUGCACCCAUUCCUCAAGUCGAUGCUACGUUUGUUUGGGUGGACCAGUCAAUGAAGGAAGACAGGUCUGUUAUUGAGUCUGUUUUGCAUAUGAGGAGAAGUCACAGUGAACCAGCCAUACAGAGAGUACCAGUGACAGCAGCAUCUCUGGAUAGCCCAAGAGAAGCAGCGAGGAUAGAGUUCAGACGUCAGAAGCGAGAGCAGAGACAGCUCAAAGAGGAGCAGAAGCAGCGGGAGGAAUGCAUCCAAAAAGAGCUGCUGUGUGACAUUAAAAGGCACCGAUUGCUCCAGCGAAGCUUGCAAGGCUCACAAAAGCAGCAAGAGAACAGCGAGAGGGCCCAGCAGCGCCUGGCGAAGCUGCAGGUUGCCAGAGAGGAGCAGAUGAGGCAGGAAUCCUGCUUGCGGGAGGAGGAAAAGAACAAAGAGAGUCAAAGGCUGGAGUUUUUAAAGGUGCAGCGCAGGCAGAGAGACCAGCAGCUGAUGGAACGCAAGCAAAGAGUUGAUGCCCAGGAUAACAAAAGGCUGGAGCUACUCAAGAACAGGGUGCAGUCCAUGCAGAGAAAUUUGAAGGCUGCUGGGCAGGAACAGGACCCCAAGGAGAAGAAGGUGGCUGCCAAAAGGUGAGACUUCCAGAAGCGAGACUUGAUGUCCCAGCGAGUAGAAAAGAAGAGACAGGAAACUGAGGACCUCCAGCAGUAUCUCAGAGAGCAGAGGCUCCUCAUGCUCUGGGCCUCUUUGCUAUCAUGAAGACUCUGCCAUUUCAGCAAAUGAACGUUUGGAAAAUGGAUCUGGAAACAUUCACGUGUACCAUUCAACACACUGUUGAGGAUGGUGAAACCAUCCACUGAGGCUGUGUACAGAUAAUGGCUUAGAGCAGGGCUCCCCAGCCUUAAUGAGCCUGUGUGUGUCUUUGGAAUUCUGUAACAGGGUGAUGGGCAUGACCACAAAAUGGCUGCCACAAGAGGCAGACUUCUGCACAUACCUAGAGGAA